UGGCAGUGCUUUAAUUCCGUCGCGCGAAGUGGAAUUACGAAAAAAGGAAGAAUAACUUUGGAAUUAUUAAGAGUUGCAGGUCUGUUCCUCAGCAGUGUGGUAAGAUGAUUGUUUAUAGAUGGUUUUGGGUCUGACCUGGACUGAUACAGCUGUACCCCAUCCGGUGAGUUCCUGCACCAAAAUGAGAGUUUUGAAACCAGCUGAGUCUGCAAUGAGGCAUCUGAAAAGGCCCCCUAGCCCAGCGGUCCGCAGGGUGGAGAUGGAACGUGGCAGAGCUGGCUAUGGAUUCACCAUAGCCGGACAAGCACCUUGUGCCCUGCGUGGAAUAAUAAAAGGCAGUCCGGCAUACAGUGUCGGGCUACGACCUGGGGACCGCAUUCUGCGUGUGAACGGUACAGAUGUGUCUGAGGCCACACACAAGGCCGUGGUGAAGCUGAUUGGUAUGUCAUCACGCUCACUCUGUUUGCUGGUCACAUCAGGUGACAGACCACCCAUAAACUCCUCCUCCAGUGAUGAGGAGCUGGCUUGUCAGAGUAAGGCUAAAUUGCCAUGGCUCAAUCCAGGAAAGAAGGACCCUUUCUUAGGUAAGUUCAAUGGCAGAGACAAGGCGGAACCGAUGCUUCAGUCUGUUGGAUGUUUUGAUACCAUCUUUGAGAUCACAGAUAAGAGCAGCACGAGCACACCACAAGAAAGGCUGAAAAAACAAAGACCUUUGUCAGAACCAGAUAUGUCCUAUUGGGUCCUGCAUUGCCGAUCCAAAAGCCACCCUGACAGUCUCUCGCAAAAUGACACAUCUCCAGUCGUAAGUAAGGACUCUGUUUUCUCUGAAGUUCAGAGUAAGAAUGAUUUUGCUUCGGACUCUAACAUCCUGAAUGUAGCAAUGAUUGUGGGAUACAUCAACUCCAUGGAACUGGAGCUCAUAAUAUCACACUCAGAGGAGGAGGCAUUGCUAGCCAUCCGUGAGUGUAUCAGCCAGAUUGGAAUUGAGCAGAAGACCCAUUCACUGGUCAUGAUGAGGAUCAAAUCCAACUGUGUUCAGCUUUGUGAUGACCGAGAUGCUGUUCUGGUAUCUUACCCUGCGGAGAGCCUGGCGCUUUGCGUAAUUUGCACAGAAGACAGCAGGUUCUUUGGUCUUGUCUCAGCUGACUCGACCAAAAGUAUUGAAGCAGGAGCACAAUCAGAUGCCCCUCUGAAGACAUUAUGUCAUGUCUUUUUCAUAGACCCAGAGCUUCAUGACCACAAGGAGCAUCAAAGUAUCAUAGGGCACUUUGGGAUUCAGUGUACUCCAGAUCCAGACACUCAAAGAUGUUUGGAGUUUCCUCAGACUCCCCACUCGAUUUCAAACUUUGUGUCCGUCCUCUAUACUGACAUGGGAGACUAUAUUGAAAAACUAAGACUGAAACUGGACAGUGAAAAUCCUGUUGAAGGACAGCAAAUUACCCAGAACAGUGGUAGCGGAAGUGACAGUGGGAUUGGAAAUGCAUCGCCAGAGGAUCGAGACAACCUCAUUGGCCAGUUGAGCUUCACAUCCCCAAACAUUCCGAGCCCACCACCAUAUUAUUCCCAACAUAGGAACAGUGCAUUACUCAAACAAGGACACCGGUGCCUUCUGUCAGAACCACUAACAGGGACUGGUCAGCCUGUAACUCUAGUAUGUGCCUCUGCUGGGGAAGUUAGUUCAGCUUUUACUCCUCUUCCUCUGAUUGCACAAUCUUACUUGCCAUCUAAACACAGAAGCAGUCAACGCCGACCUUCUAUUGGCUUAAAAGCUCGCUGGCAGAAAUCUCGCCCCAACAGCAUUGAGUGCUUAGCAGAGAGGGACGAUGACGGGUUCAGAAAUAAAAGUGACACCCUUCCACCUGCUAUGGAACAAAUCCCAACUCUCAGAUACAAACCACUAGAUGAUCUCAAACACCCUCAGAGAAUGAACAUCACCCCACAGCACAAAAUGGCAUGCCGGUUCUUCAGUACUGCAUCCAAGCAAAAGGAUGGAGAAAACAAGGGAUCCAUAUUUUGGGCACUCACAAGAGGACGCGCCUCUGUUCGAAGACCUUCGGUUGUGCCUAAACGACUCAGUCUGGCUCAUUCACUUAAUGACCUUGAGUCGGCCACGUCAGAUGGAGAGCACAGUGGUGUUGUGCAUCAAGACUGCGGCAGUGUGAGCAGUUUGGAGAGUAACGGCAGUUUGCCCUGCGUCACCAACCAUCGUCGCCUCUCAGAACGCCGCGUUUCUUCAUGGGCCGUCAGCUUUGAGCGCUUGCUCCAGGAUCCUGUGGGUGUACGUUAUUUUUCUGAGUUUCUAAAGAAGGAGUUUAGUGAAGAAAACAUCUUAUUCUGGCAGGCCUGUGAAUCGUUUAGCCAAGUUCCAGAAAAUGACAAAAAGCAGCUAUCCCAGAAGGCCAAAGAAAUCUACAACUGCUUCCUCUCCAGUAAAGCAACUAUGCCAGUGAACAUUGAUAGCCAGGCUCAACUUGCAGAUGAUGUUCUGACAGCUCCACAGCCAAACAUGUUCAAACAGCCACAGCUACAGAUCUUUAACCUGAUGAAGAUGGACAGUUAUGCUCGUUUCCUAAAGUCCACUCUCUAUCAGGAGUGCAUGCUGGCUGAUGUAGAGGGUCGACCUCUACCUGACCCCUGUCCGAUUCCAUGUAGCCCCGCCCCCUCCAAGCACAGCUUCACCUCUGACCGCUCCACAUUCUCCACACCUAAAAAGGAAUAUAGGAAGCCCAAAAUGGUCAAGUCAAGUGAUGACCUCAGAGAAAAACAGUCCGAGAAGAAAAAUGGCUUUUUCCCCUGGUACAGAUAUCCAAGUAUUGGGAAAGGACAAAAAAAAAGAGAAGCCCCAGAUUUACAAAACAAUUGCAAUGGCCGCAGAGAGUCUCAGGGAUCUCUUUCAUCUGGUGCGAGUCAAGAGCUGAACACUUCCUGUUCUGGAGGAAAGAAUGAGCAGUGUGAGCUGAGGAGUUCAGGUUUGGUUUGGGAGAAGAAUAAGGAGCAAUGCAGCAGGACGUGUACUGUAAUGCUGCCCGACGGCUCGAGCUGCUGCGUCCCUCUACAACAGGGCGCCUCCAUCAGACAGGUGCUGCUGGAACUUUGUCAAAAGCAGCACAUCAACCUGGCUGCUGUCGACCUCUUCCUCACUGGAGGAGAAAAGCCUUUGGUGUUGGACCAAGAGAGUAUUACCCUCAGUUGCCGAGAUCUUCGUCUUGAAAAACGCACUUUGUUCAGAUUGGACCUGGUACCCAUUAACAGAUCGGUGGGGUUAAAAGCAAAGCCCACAAAACCUGUGACUGAGGUUCUGCGCCCCGUGGUUGCCAAGUAUGGACUACACCUUGCCGACUUGGUGGCCAGAAUAAGUGGAGAGACAGAAGUUCUUGAUCUUGGAGUGCCUAUAUCAAACCUUGACGGCCUUCGAGUUGUACUGGAGAGGGCUGAUCCAGCCAAAGACAAGUCUAAAACGGUCAACUUUAAAAUGCCAGCAGCCAAGAAAGCUCUGCUAGAAGAGAGAGACGACAGCUCAGCAGGGAAACCAUUAAAAGGAAAUGGUGAAGACGAGCAAUCCCGAACAGCAGCGUCAGAAAGGAGGAAAGGAAAAAAGAAUCAUAAAGAUGAAGCAGAGGAAUUUUUUGAGUUGCUGAGUCGCGCUCAGAGCAGUCGUGUUGAUGACCAGAGAGGUUUGCUGAGGAAAGAAGACCUGGUGCUCCCUGAGUUUCUCCGUGUAAACCCUGAUCCCGAACCUCAACCUCCUGCCUGCUCCACUUCCACCUCCCACAAACCCAGCCACACCACCACAACCCUCAACGCCCAACCCCCAAAACCCAGCUCCUCCAACGGACACCCCCACGCACCCAGCCCUGAAUUGGCCCCUUUCACCGCCCCACUUUCCCCCAUUUUACGCUCCUGUGGUCCCCAGAGUCAGGAGGAGGAAGGACUGGGUGAUCUGACACUAGUGGGGGAGGGUGACAUCACUAGCCCAAACUCCACCCUGCUUCCAUCUCCACCGACCUCUCCACCCCCUCAUGAAGGCAGCCUACCCGAGGCCAUCUACACUCCUCCACAGUGUGUACACACCGACCCAGGUACAGAGGGAGGAAACACAUGCACUUCAUGUAUCAACCAGCAGGGGGACCAGUGUCUCUCCUCAGUCUCACAAGUGGACUCUGCUGUGUUGGACAAGGAGGCCAGUGUGGGGGGGAUCACUCUGGAAGACAGCCUUGAAGGCUACGCAGCCGAGCUUCGGCAGUGCCAGAACAAAAUGAGAAACUGCAUUCACCCCUCCACAGAAGCGCCCCGUCCCCUUAGUGGGGUGCUGGAAGUCAGCGAGAGCGAUACAGUGCAAUAUAAAGCCACGUUUGUCUGAGGGAAGCUGCUUGUAGGGGGUUUCAUAGACUGAAAUGAAUGCAAAAAGGAGAUGCAGGAAAUACUGUGUAUGUUAACCAUGUAAAUUGGGAAAGAAAAUGUUAUUCUUUUUGACUUUAGACCACUCUUUAUUUAUUGCUAAUAAAACUGCUAUUAGAUUGGUGUCGUAACACAUCAUCAGAGUACCAGGUUAACUUGUUGGGGAAAUUCAGUGGAAUGCAAAUGCAAAUAAUCUCAGUUUGUAUAGUGGAAUUAGUGCAUCAGUUCUUUUUAAUUCCUUCUGAUGAUUUUUUAUAAAAAUGUUGGACCCUGCGACUCUCUUGUACUUGGAAUCACUGACCAGUCUUGUGAACACAGAUUCAGAUUCAUAUAUGAAAUAUACACAGUAUUGUGCAGAAGUCUUAUAUCUUCAGCUUUAGUGUGUCAAUAGGAAAAAUACAUUUUAGACUCCCAAACAUGAAUGAUUAGAACAGAAGAACAAGGAGUCGUGCAACAGAUGUCAUGCCCCCACAGAGCCCCCACUGAACAUUGUGUCUGUCUGAGAUUACAUAAAGAGACUGAAACAAUUGAGCCAAAGUAGAUAGAAGGAUUGUGGUGAAUUCUCCAAGAAGCUUUGAACAUCCUAUCUGCCAUCAACCAAGAAAAACUGUGUCCAGGUGUAUCUAAGAGAAUUGGUGCUGUUUUAAAGGCAAAGGUGGUCACACCAAAUAUUGAUUAAGCUUUUUAUAUUUUAACUGGACUUUGUAUGAUAUUAAGUGAUAAAUGAAAACUAUGUCAUUAUUUGUGAAGACAACCUCACUAUGCACUAUGCAUAAGUGCCUAAAAUGUUUGCACAGUACUGUGUGUACAUAUAUAUAUAUAUAUAUAUAUAUAUAUAUAUAUAUAUAUAUAUAUAUAUGCUCAAAAUAAUUUUAGAAUGACCAAUUUUUGUGUGUGCAUUUGUGUUUAACUGUGUUCACAUUGUAAGGAGUUGUUAUAUCUCAUUAGUAACAAGUGGAAAGUAGUUAAUUGUUCCUAGUGAGAUAAUAAAAUGAAUAUUCUGGGUUCAAUACAAGUUAAACUCAAUCAACAGCAUUUGUGGCAUAAUGUUGUUUAUCACAACAAUUAAUUCUACUCUUUCCUCUUUUUCUUUAAAAAAGCAAGAAUAGAGAUUACAGUGAGGCACUUACAAUGGAAGUUAAUGGGACCAAUUCUUGAACGGUUUAAAGGGAGAAAUGUGAAGCUUAUAUAUUUAAGAAGUGCGUUUACAUAAUUUCAAGGUUUUAGGGUUUGUGGCGUCAUGGCAACGAAGUUGUAAAACUAGAUAU